AUGCCGCGCAUGCAUGAAGAUAUCAAAGCACUCCGAGCCCUGCAUCGCCAUGAGGAUAUACUGUUUAGGAACCAGCAGCUUGACACCGCCAUCAAGCACAAGGCCAACAGCCUCAAUAAGGCGAAGCAGAUGGACCGCAAGGUGAUGCAGUGCUUCAAGGCGUACGAGAAGGCUAAGAAAAAGGCCGAGGACGCCGAGUACGCUUGGCUGCAAGCGUGCGAGCACGCCGUG